CUUUGACACUUACGUUGUUUAAUCUCUCACCUACAGUCGCUCUUUAAUACUCUUGUUCGCACUUCUCAUUAAUCAUUUUAAUUAUCCGUUGCUCAUCAACGUCCACUGUCGCUACGAAGAACAGCUCAAAAGCAAACACACUCGCUUGCCAAACAAACAACAACAUUCAUUCAAACAAACAACACUCGACAACGGGAUCGUUAGGAAUCGACUUGAUCGACAGUGAAACAUCCUGCCAAGAGAUCUUGAGAUCGUCAAAACAUCAUAUUCGUUUAGCGAUCGGAGCAUCACUCAAUCAAGGAGGUCGUCAGACGCCUGGAGAGGAGCAUAGCUCGGCAGCGCCACCAUCUUCUCGUUGCUCGGAAGAUGCGCUAGGCCUCAGAUCGUCCAAGAUCUCGACUGAAACACAGCCAUAGCUGUUACAACACUCCAAACCCUCUCGGACGCUACAAUGUCCCGCAUCAUCCAUUCGUUCGAUGGACUGGCGUGGUGGCAACACCACAUCCUGUCACGACGACAGGAUGGACCAAGCGAAGCAACUUCGACAUCGCCUGACGCCAACACGGCUACUCAAGACAACACUCGCAUGCACCUCUACAUUGCUCUCGGAGCUGCGAUAGGAAUCCUGAUUCUUAUUGGAGUCUUCUGUGCUAUAGUUUUGAUCAAGCGCCGCAGGCGACUAGAUAUCCAGGAACUGGAAACCGGCCAUGUCGAUUCCGAAGAAGAUGUACGCUUCGGACAGGGCGUCAUGGCUGGAAAACCAAUCAUAUUUCUCGUCCCUCCACAUGGCCAGAUACCAUUACCGGCGAUGAAUCAGCGUAAUCUUCUCGAUGAUCCUGAGAAGGAGAUGAACAUCUUGUCCUCUAACCCUGCUCCGCGUAGACCAGCAAAAAAGACCGCAAACAUUCUAAAGCGCAUCUCAGAGCGCUACAGCACAGCGGGGGACGUCGGCGAAGCAGAAUCCAAUCCCACAGCAUCGCUAGAUGCUGACCCCGAAAACACGGGUCAACUCAGGUUUCCCCCUUUCGAAGAAGAGGUCAGGUUUGCUCAUAACGCGACCAAUCGCGCCAGACCAAUGACCACGCCAAGAGCGAGGCACGUUCGAGGUGUAUCAAGCAGGACUUUCUUCAAUUUCAUGCCAGAAGGUGAUCGACCUCCGAGUUUGCCUCCGUUGGGACAGGUCUCCCCCUUUCAUGUUCCACAGUUGCGUCGUGGCCUGACAAUGAAACGUUCGGGGUCCCUCCGCACUCGUCUCUCCUUCAACAGCGGUGGAAAUGUGAACGCUCCCAUCCUCCGACCAAAUAGAAGGAGCUUCUUCGGCUCUGCAGACUUUUAUCGCAUCUCCAAGCACGAUCGGACCAUCUCGAUGAGAUCUGAUCUUUCCACUCAGCGAUCAACGCCGAGCACGAUCAAAGCUAGACCACGAUCAAAAGAGAGCAGGUCUGCGGCUGUCAAAUCUCGAGCUUCUACCCGUCCGACUGUCUCUCGGUCAAAUAGUGACGUCGGAACCUUCCGAACUGGCUCUGCCGCAAGCUCAGAACUUCCCGAGAGCUCAUGGAAUCGAUUUUCCGUACACCGGAUCGAGACGGCGAACCAGAUCAGUAUCAAGCGUUUGUCAGGAACCGGUCCUCUUAUCGGCGCAGUUAAAAGCGUUCAGAGAAUCACAGGUCCGAUCAAGAGGCUCCAGCCAAAGGUCAUCGUGACCGCAAAUGGCUCACCGGUCGACCGCAAGAGAUCCAGCGUGAUCAAGAGGUUGAGCCUCGUUCGUGCACAAAUGGAAGGCAGCCCAAAUACAGCUACGCCUCCACGCCGGCGAACCCCCUCAACGCAGCUCCUGUAUCGAAGCGUCGACCACAGUGUCUCGCCUAUUACUCCCCCUAGGAAGGCAUAUCAACACAGGACCAGCCAAGGCAAUCCACAACAGGCGCAAAAGUCUACCACUGCUAUCGCCGGUAGCGGAAACGAUCAGGGUGCCGCCAUGAAGGCCGCUCAGAUCAGCAACAUCAGCAUUGGAAUUGCUACUACUACCAGACAGCCAGUGGCAUACCCGGCUCCGGUAGCUUUCACCCAAGAUGGUGCUGAAGAUCCCUUCUUCCUCGACCGCACCAUCUACUCACCGAGGUCUGGUGCCAGUCCCCGUAGCGGCGGACGCCGCAAGCGUUCCUCUGGAAAGCAAAGCCCAGUCAGCCCACAAAGCACCGACUCGACGCCCAUGCGAUACGCGUGCUCUCGUGUCAUGCACGGAAUUAAAGAAGAGGUUGAGAGUGAUAAUGAGGGUGAAGUCAGCCCUGCUGUCACGGUCACUCAGAUCCAUAGCUCGCCCCUCCCGCGAGCCACACCUACGUCAGGUGCUUGGUUGGCUGCCUCACCUACACUACCCACGGCUGCAGCUCGUGCUACAUACAACUCUCCAGCAGUGGACCACCGGUCCAUGUCUGCCAGGGCAGCAUCGGUCACCUCGCGACAGUCAAUGCGCUCUUCCGUCAGCCGAUUGAGCAUCCCUGAAUUCCCAUCAACUCCGAGCAGAUUUCACGCCGGACCGGGCUCAGUGGUCUCCGAACCUGACCCGCUCCCAGCGCAUGCCUACUCGGAUCCGUCUACACUUUCCAGUGCCCGCGACAACGGCUCCUCCGUGGCGUCGUCUUCUCCUCCAGUGCCGACUACAUCCAACUCCACUUCUACUCUUCCAUCAAGUCCUCUCGAUCUGCCCUCAAGCCCACCGAUCAUCGCGCGCAGUCUCCCGGUCCUACCGAUCCAGAGCCCCAAAGCAGCAUACCGCCUGUCCAAGCUCUCCAAAGACGACGAGGAAUUGAUCCCCCUCACCGCAACCUCCCAACCCGGUCCCCUCCUCCCCCGCACCGCAAUGGAGAAGCCCAAGAAAUCACGCUCCUCUCCCCGCAAAGCCGUCGCCACCGAAGACUCCAGUAAGCCGCGCCGCACCCGGCCCACCAAAGGUGAAGCCGAAAUCGACGCCAUGCGCCGCCGCAUCACCCACGCCCUCGACGGCUACGGGUCCACCACCGCCUCUCCCAGCACGGUCCCCGCCGCGCAGGAUGAAGGUCGCGCGCACGACAGCGGCCACGAGGAGCUCGACGGCGGAGAGCACCACCGCGAAGAUUUCGACGCGUACGACGAGGCCGACGAUGAUGAUUCGAUCUGGGAAGCCCCCAAGUUGCCCGAGCUGGACUUUGAUCCGGCGCCGCUGUUCACGAACAGUCCCGCGGCGAGCCAGUUGCAUGCGCGGAGGAUGCACAGGACGCCGAGACGGUAGGGGGAUGCAUCUAUUUGAUGUGACUGUCGACUGGAUUGGUAGGCAUGGAAAGGGAAAGGCGUUCGGAUGGGAAGAAAGCGCAAUGUUUCAUGACUGUUUUUGAUUUUCACUCUGGUGCUU